AUGCCGAAAGAAAGAACCACAUGCACCGAAUGCUCUAUUCGAAGGCAAAAGUGCGAUCGCCAAACGCCAUGUGGGCGAUGUAUCAGGCGAGGCGUAGCUGAUCGUUGUACCCGAAUAUGGUCUAGCAGAGAGGAGGCUAGAUCACACCGUGUCUCUCUGGGCCGACACGCGCGACAGAAUACUUCAGCUGGAAUUGAGACCCCGGAGCCAAGCCAGAUGGGAAGGGCCAACGAGAAUUCAGGGCUGUCCUCAUUCGAUCAUGUGGUCUCGCCAACAAAUGUGUCAACUAGGCUCAGUGUGAGCAUUACUCCCGAUGAGCCGAUACCCGAGUAUGGCUCAACAUCCAUCCCGACUCAGCAGGAUGGACACAGUAGCGGGGAGGAUGAUGAUCUUCGCGCAACCUCACUAGCUUUACUGGAAUUGCAUCUACCCAGUAUUUCUCAGAUUUGGUCUCUGGUUGAUUACCACGAGAAGUUCUUGCUGUGGUAUCAUGGCUGCUAUCAUGGACCCACUUUCCGACAUGAGUUGGAAGAGAGUCUAGAAACUCAUGACGACGCACUUCCAUUGGCUGUUCUUGACCUUCAAUGGGUUGCCCUGCUUUUUUCCAUCAUGGCUGGAAGUAUGGCGUGUGCAACUAGGAAUCUGAUCGAGUCAUGGGGGUUUCGAGACGAUGAGGUCAGGAGAUUGUCUAGGCAGUGGUACAAAGCCACUUCAACAUGUCUAAAUCUUGCUGAGUAUACUUGCAACCAUCACAUUUAUGCAGUGCAUGCUAUCACUACCUUAACCAUGUCGGCUCAUACUUUAGGUUUCUCUGAGGAUAUUUUGGUUAUGCUGGGAUCUGCUUUGCGGAUUGCGCAGAGCUUGGGCUUGAACAGACUCCCGUUAGUCAAGAGAUUGGAGAACAUAACGGAAAGUUCUCCUCCAUCGCAACGUGUACAAGUCCUUGAGCGGGAAAUAGGUCGGCGACUAUGGUCACACUUGUGUAUACAGGACUGGUUCUCGCUACCCUUUACUGGAUGCCAGAGUAUCGGCCUGCUAGACUUCACUUCCACGAAACCCUCAAACAGGGAUCACAUUACCAUGGAGCCGCUCCCAGAGGCUACUCCAACAUAUAUCAGCUACGGAAACUACGUCAAUGAUAUUGCAAGGCUGGUCGCAGAACACCACUCUGCCAAAGCUCAAACCAGUACAGCAUUUCUUUUGUACGAGAAGGUGCUUCAGUAUGAUGCGAAGAUGAGGAAUCUGGCACGAAACGAGAUGCCUGCUUAUUUCAGCGUCACUACACCAAUAGAGGAGUCAUGGGCCUGCUUCAUUCCAUGGGCAAGAAGAAGUCUGACCAUCUGUUUUGCACACAAGAUGAUCAUGAUCCAUCGCGAUUUCAUCCGGAGAAGUUUCAUCAAUCCUGCCUUCCAGAUGACUCGAAAUACAUGUAUCGCAGCUUCGAAGACUAUACUGCGAGAAGCUCAACAAAAGCAGCAAGAGGAUGAACCAGUGAUAUGGAUUGAUCAGGCCUUCUGUAUAGUCGCAGGAAUAAUACUAUGCCUCGACAUCAUCCAUCAGCAUACCGAUCAUCCUGAGUAUACAACUCACACCAACAUGGUCAAUGAGUGUAUUGCAAUGCUCCAAAGAUACGGAACAAGUAUGAUCGCGCGCCGUGGCGUAUGUAUACUAUCCACGUUGCUGUCAGAAAGGAAGAAGCUUGUCCAACCUUGGUCCGCAAAUCGCAAAAGAGCGGCUCCUCGCGAUGAUACCGCUACUCGGGCUUCUAAGCGUAGCAAGAUAGAUCUUACUUCGGUACGCGAUGCACUCGCUCUCUAUGGUAACCAAGACCACGAAGAUGGGCAUGAUUUCGAGGAAGACCCGAUGACUUUUGUGCAAAAGCGGAUUGCGGAGCUUCUUCCUCCACAAGCGGGCUUCUCAAAUAGCUUUCUGUUCGGUGAGCUUCUGGAUUUUUCAGAAUGA